GGGCAAUGCUGGGACAGUAAGUCUUCCUGCGCCUCAUUCUUCUGGACUGUUCCAGGAGAGGACUGAAAACGUUCAUCGCCAAGGUUCUUUCCGGCUCUGAACUUCUGGGUCAAAGAAAAGGGGAGAAAGGUGUCAAGAGGAGAGGAGGCGUUUCUGUCCUGGCCCGAUCUUGUGAGCACUGCGAUAGGAAUCACUGGUACAGAUUUUUAAAUGGGGGAGGGGGCAUAUAACUCACCUAAAAACAGAGAUUUCCUGAUGACCUGACAAGUGCCUUGAGCCCAAGACUCCCUCGCAGUAGAAUGGCUUCUUGGUCUCCCCGCAAGCCCCUUCAAGUGACUCAGAGAGGUAAAGACAUUUGUUAGGGAGCACGGGAGGCAGGUCACAGUAGAAAAAGUCCUAACAGCAUCAGGGACAUUAUGCAGGCUCAUCGGUGGAGUGUGGCUCCUCCCCAGGCACAAACCACAUCAAAACCUACUCAGGAUUAUGCCUGAUGAUUUUGCAAUUGUUUGUUUCAACAACAAACCAACCUGAUUCCCACACUUGUGCUUCUCUUUUACUGUCAGCCAAGUCGAGUCCUCACCUGUCUAUGCCAAAUCCUCCACCAGGAUCUUCAAGACUGUAACUUCGGAUACCUCAAUACAUCUUAAAUUGGAGGACGGAUGCACAUCUGCCUUUUUUUUUUUUUUUUUUUUUUUAGAUUUUAUUGAUUUAUUUGACAGAGAGACAGCGAGAGAGGGAACACAAGCGGGGGAGUGGGAGAGGGAGAAGCAGACUUCCCGCGGAGCAGGGAGCCCGAUGCGGGGCUCGAUCCCAGGAUCCUGGGAUCAUGACCUGAGCCGAAGGCAGACGCUUAGCGACUGAGCCACCCAGGCGCCCCAGACUUUUUUUUUUUUUUUUGCCCAGUUCCGAGGCUAUUUAGAUAUGGAGAGGAUGCAGCAGGAAGUCAUGUUACCCAAAAUCUGCUAGAGCGAUGUUUAGCUCUGAACCGCCCGGAGACCAUGUCGGCGGACACCGCGAGCGGCCCCACCCAGGACCAGGUGGAGAUCCUGGAGUACAACUUCAACAAGGUCAACAAGCACCCGGACCCCACCACGCUGUGCCUCAUCGCGGCCGAGGCCGGCCUGUCCGAGGAGGAGACCCAGAAAUGGUUUAAGCAGCGUCUGGCUCAGUGGCGGCAGUCGGAAGGCCUACCCUCAGAGUGCAGAUCCGUGACAGACUGAGGAGAUGGUGGAUGCUGGCAGCUUCCCUCCAUGAAGACUGUCCGCCAUUUCUCUCCUCGGCUUAACCAAGCUUUUUGGUUUUUCAGUGUAGUGCUGUGUGUUUCAUUGUUAGCUGUCCUGCUAUUUAACACAAUGUUGUAUUUUUUUAAUGUACAUAACCAGAAAAGAAAGUAACCCUAGGAAGCUAUAUGUGGCUUCUGUAUAAAGCAGUGGCUUGGCUGGCUUGCCUUUCCUUUUGGGUCUUGAUAAUAGAUGGUGUGAAAAUCAUCUAAGUUUGCUUUUGACCAUCACCUCCCAGUACCAGUUCAUUUUUACCAUCCAUUUCAGAGUGGCCAAGGCCUCUGUUGAAAAGAUAACACGAGGGGGAAGCAUUUCCUUCUGAUUCUACUUCCCUAAGUUGUUUUCCUUAUGUUGCAGUAAUACACUGAGAUUGAGUGAGAAUACAGAGGUAAUAUUUGAGUCCGAUUUCAUAAAGCAGUUUCUUGGAUUAUUAGCUGCAUUCACUUGGAAAGAACCCAGUUAGGCUGGGAGACAGAAACUCCAACUGGCAGAAAACCAAGUAACUAAGAAAAAGAUCCACAGAAGUCUUCAAUUUACCUUAUUUAAAUGUAUUUGUUAAAUUUAUUUUACUAAACAAAAUGAACUGCUUUUUGUCUCUGAAAUGAUAUUCUAAAUAAAAACCUUUUUUGUUGAAAA